AUGGACGAGCACAAUGUGCACCACUUCUGGGGCAUCAGCCCCGCACUUGAUCUGGGAAGCCUCUUGCCAAAGACCGAUGAUGCAGCCGCGGCGCUACCUGUGGAUCAGCCCAUCCGCAUGCUGCAGGUUGCACCGUACGACGCUCGUCAUACGCUGACCACCAUAUGCCGUGCGACGCGUCAUACGCUGCUACAGCAGCAACAGCAGCCGGUUCACCUGGUGGUGUGGGAGGACUCCCCCGAGGGCUUGGCUCGUCACGUGCUGCUGCUGGCAGUGCUGCUGGACGGGUCGCUGCUUCCCCGCGACAGGGCGCAGAUGCUGCUGGAGCUGCACGGGAAUGCGGUGAUGAGGGAGAGGGCGGCGGCGUACCUGGACGAUAAGGCCCGGCAGCUGGAGGCUCUGGUGGUGCAGCUGAGCAGCGGAGGGGCAGCAGGCGGGGGCGGAGCGGGGGUGUGCGGUGUGCGAGAGGAGGGGGAGGAGGGGGAUCACCGGGGUAUACGGACGUUGGCUCGCGUUCUGGAUCUCUCACUGCUGAAGUUCCAGGAGAAAGACCAGCUGGUGGACGCACUGCAGAAGUGGCGUACGGCAGUGGCGUACGACAUGGUCAAAGCCUGGGAUGCUCGUGCGCGGAAGUGGUACGGCGACCGGUACGACUUUCGUCGUAACCUUGUGGACUGGGAUUACCACAUGCGGCUGCAGGCCGCCGGCACCCCCGGCCAGGACCCGGCCAAUGGCUCCAUCAUCCACUUCCACCACUUCCGCCACUGGCGGAUGCACGGAGUGGCGUACGAGCUGCGAGACUCCCACUACAACCAACCCAACCGCUCGCUGUUAAGUACGGCGUACGGCAAGACGCGGGGACUGUUGCUCAGCCCCAACGGAAAGACGGAGUUCAAGGACCGCAGCCUCCGGCAUGUGGGCCGGUCCGUAUCCGCCUGGGGCUUCUGGGCGGAUAUCCUGAAUGGGCCUUAUCACAGCUUCGGGACACUGACGGAGGAACCGUCCUUCUACAAGAUCUCGAAUAAGCAGUACAGCCGUACGGCAGUAGAUGUGGCGGAACACAACAUGGCGGCGCUGCUUCACGAGCUCCGUACGGGUACCCGGCUGGCGCUGGCUUCCGGCUCCGAAGCCCCUCGUGCCCAAGUAGCUCGUGGACCCACCUCCCUGGAGGAUCUCGCCGGGCAGCAGCAACAACAACAAGAACAUGAACAACAACAACAACAAGAGCAGCGCCAGGACUUGAAGCAGGGACAGGGACAGGAGCAGCAACACCGCCACCACCACCACCAGCAGCAACAGGGCGCGGUAGAGCAGCAGAACCAGACAGAUGGAAAUGGAGAAGCAACGUCAGCUACAGCAGCAAAGACGUCGUCCGGCGGCUCCAAGUCGUCGCUGCCGCCGCCACCGCCGGCUCCACCGCCGCCGCCAGCACCUUCGCCGCCGCCCCCUCCUCCUCAGCCUCCUGAGCUUAACAAGGAACCGCCGCAACAGCUACAGCCGGAGCAGGAUCAGCUACAGCCGGACGUCAUUCCUUGCUACACGUCAAGGGGAAGGGCGGCGGUGGCCCAGGCCAUGGCCGCGGCGACGUCCACCGCGGCCGAGGCUGUUGUGCCGGCGGCCGGGCUAGAGCCAGAGCCGGCGGCGGCGCCAGCUGACGGCAAUAUCAGUACCGCGGCGGCGGCAGCAGCUGGGGCCGCGCUGUCAGCUGGCCAGGGUGGCGCAAUCGGUAGCAGUAAUGACGGCGUGGCUGAGGCUGGCAAGGACGCAGCCAAGCAGCGGAUGGCGGAGGAGGAGGCGGCAUUGAGGGCGGCGGAGGCGGCACUGGACAGCGCAGGUCGCGCUCGGGUCCUUUCCGGGUUCCGAUUGCAGCUGGUUACCGGGGACCUGGCCAAGACCAUUACAGGCCGCGCUAAGUACGGCGGCGCGUUCUCCGUACUGACCAUGGGCCAUCGCCACAUCCACAUGCUGGCCGCCGAGUACGGGCUGUACAAGGCAGCGACCAGCGGUGCCGUGCUGGUGGCGGAGAACGCUAGGCACGUGCUGCAGCUCAACAAGGAGCAGGCGGCGUUGUUCGCGGCGAAGAUGGACGAGCUGGCGGAGCAGGCGGGUUGGCGGAAGGCAGGCAGUCGGCCGGAAGGCAUCACGGAGGCCAGCGAGGUGUACCUCAAGCCAA